UUAGCGCUGAGGAGUGGAUGGGUGUGGGUCAUGGCGGCGUUUCUGUACUGGUUCGUGGUCGCGCUGCCUCUGUGCUGGGCAGGCCAAACUAAUCUGAGGAGUCCGGAGGAUGUUCAGGUCUAUGUUGUAAAUACAAAUUUCACUCUAAGUUGGAACUACACUGGGAAUGAUACCAAUGUGACAUUUUCAGCAGAAUACAGGUGGUUUGAAAAUACUGAGACAAAUGGAACAGAGUGGAAGGGGUUGCCUGGGUGUCAAAAUGUUACUUGCACAGAAUGUGACUUUUCCUCAGCAAUAACUGAAUACUAUGAUACUUAUCAUGUGCGUAUAAGGGCUGAAAGAAGGGAAGAAGUGUCUCCAUGGUCUAGCACUUUUGAAAUGAUUCCAUAUUUUAUAGCUCAGAUUGGACCCCCAGGAAUAGUGUUGCAGUCCAUAAAUGGAGUUAUAAAAAUAAAGGUUUCUCCUCCAGAAGAAAAUCAGGCCCGAAAAAUGUGGAUAACCCCUCUAGAUUUUAAAUAUAAAGUCGUUCUCUGGGAAAGUUCAUCAAAUUCAGAGUUCAGAAGUCAAAGUAUUUUUCCUACUGACACAAUUGAUGAUCUUGCACCAGACACUACCUAUUGUUUGAAAGUUCAAGCAACUCUUCCUUUGGAACUGCAGGAAGGUUUAUUCAGUCCUAUUCAUUGUAUAAAAACAACCCGUAAAGUGAAUGACCUACUCUGUGCAACAAAUCUGAGAAUUCUUGCUUUGAAUAUGGAAUUUCAUCUGCAUUGGACUAAUCAGUAUAAACAACAUGUGAGCUACAAUGUACAGUAUCUCAUUGGGUAUCUGAAGAAACUUCAUGAUGAUUACUCAGUGAAGUGGCUCAAUGUACACGGGUGUGAAAACAUCACUGAUAAACAGUGCAACUUUUCGUCUAUCAUCACUACUACUUAUGGAUCUUAUUACCUCCGUGUGCAGGCCAUAAAUGAAUAUAAUAGAUCAUGUUUGUCUAAUGAAGUAAAAGUAGAUCCUCUGAUAACAAAUGAAAUUGGCCCUCCUGGUGUAAAGCUGGACAUCAGUAAUGCUUUGCUCCAUAUCCAGAUUUCUCCUCCAGGAGGAUCUGAGAGUGAAGUCAUGAGGGACCAUUAUGACUUGUCUUACCGGGUUCUAUAUUGGACGAAUUCAUCAAAUAAUGAGGAGGAAAUCAAAGUGAAAGAGAUAAAACAGACAAUAGGGUCAAUCUCUGAUCUAAGACCCUCGACUUUGUACUGUGUAAAAGUACAGGCAUUUUCAGAAGCUUAUAACAAAAGCAGUCAUUUCAGCAAAGAGGAAUGCAUCAAAACACCUGGAGAUAAAAUUUUGCCUCUGGUCAUUUUAGCAACGUUUGUAAUUGCCCUGAUUGCUGUCUUCCUUGUGGCUGUGCCUCUUGGUUUUGCCCUGUAUCAAGCCUACAGUAAAAUCAGAUACGUGUUCUUUCCAUCAUGCCAACCUCCUUUGAAUAUAGAGGGUUUUGGAGGACAGCUUUUUAGCAGUCCUUAUUUGUUAACUGCAGAAGAACCAAUAGAAAAUUGUUCUAUAAUUGAGACUAUCAUCACAGAAGAAGUAAAUCAAAUUGUUCUCAAAGAUUACAAAUCUUCUAAACAGAGAAGUCGAGACUCAGGAAAUUAUUCUAAUGAUGACAAUACUUCAGGAAGCAAAGUAUCAGAAGAAAUGUUAGAAAAGGAAACAGUAUAACAUCUAAGACAAUAAAAGCCAUAAUGGGACUGGCAGCAUAAUAAACAUGUAAAAACUUUUAACUGUGACAGUGGCAGCUUAAGGAGAGCAGUGUCACUUUGGGAUCCUUGUCCUCAGGUUUCCAAAUCUGCACUUUGUUAGUGGAAAGUUACAUGCCCUCUCUGCUGCAAGAUAACUGAAGUUCCAUUACAGCACAGUUGAUUCCUCAUACCUUACAGCAUUUUGACUGAGUCUUCAUCACGUGAGAAAAAGAAUACUGUCUGCGUAAAGAGGAGCAGAUCUGCACACUUUAUAUAUUUGAACCUGGUAACCUCAGCAAAAGUAUACUCUGUUCCAUGAGAAGAAUUUCUGAAAAUCCUAAAGAUUUGUUUUAAAUGCCAGUGUGUACUGUGACAGAAGCCUUAAAUUCCAGUAUUGAAUCUUACGAUGUUUACACAGGCAGAAGGGAAUAGACGCCUGAUACAAUUUUAGGAACUUUUCUGACAUUCUCUUCCAGCCCCCUCAGGGGCAGUGCUUUUUGGUUCAGCUGGUCCAGAACAAGAGAUGCAAAGAGCUCAACAGUAGCCUCAGUGAGGUAGCUGCUCUGAGCCUACUUGUAGAAUUCCUUGUGCCCACUGGCAUGUUCACAUAUCUGUGUCACUGUGUCAGGGUGCUCUUUUCCCCUCUCCAUACUCACCCUAUGGGAAAAAGCAGGAAGGAGGUUCACUUCAUUUCACUCUGAAAUUUUCCUUUAUGGUAAAAGUUCUUUGUAAAUAGAGGUUGGGUCAAAUAGAUUUUCACUGCAUUUAGGAUGAAAAAUAAGCAGAAACUAAAAUGACAAAAGCAUGUUAAGAGGCCUUGGUUUGUUUUUUUUUUUUUCUGUUUUAUGCAUCUAAUUGAACUGUAUUUAGAAGUGUGAAUCCUUUUUUUUAAAAGGAGGAAACUUCCUUCUGUAAUUAGAAGGACCAAAGCUGAGUUUAGAAAAUGCCUUUUAACAGAAAGGUGAGGAGCUUUUCCAGCUUAGUCUCAUUUUACCAGCAGACUUUCCUUUGGAAAAAAAUGUAAGAUCUGCUGCAGUAAUGUUUCAGUUUUCAUACCACUUUCUUCUGAAGUAAUUUUUAAAAGUAGCUUGUUUUGUAUGAAGAAAUUGAUUUAGAGUAAACCAGUUUUGAGCUUCAUGUGGGCUAUUGU